AUGCGUCGAGGACGUCCCACAACUCACAAAAAGGCCAAGUGGAUAACAUAUCAUAGCGAAGAUGCGGAGGAGUAUUAUGAAUUGGAUGAGAAAGGCAGAAUAAUUAAAGAAAGAGUCAAGAUUCCAACGAAUCCACCAACACCUCAGUUCGAACACUUGAUUAAACCAAAUCAACCUGAGAUACUCGUACGAGAAGAAAAAGAUUUCAUUCCUCGUGUUAUUUUGCACUUCUUUAACAUGGCUUCUUUCCAGAGCUUUCCUAACAAUUUUAAAAAAUCACACCUUGGCAAUCUUAAUCAACCUAAAAUAGAUUUAUCAUUUCCAAUUUCCUUUUAA